AUGGAUGUGGAAGAGGAAGAGGAGGAGGAGCAGAUGGAGGAUAAGGAGGAAGAGCAGGAGAAGGAGCUGGAGGAGGAGGAGGAGAAGCAUGGGGAGGAGCAAGUGGAGGAGGAGAAGGGGGUGGAGCUGGAGGAGGAGAAAAAGGAGGAGAAGGGAGAGGAAGCACUGGAGGAGGAGUGGGAGGAGGAGUUGGAGGUGGAGAAGGAGCUAGAGGAGGAGGAGGAGCUGGAGGAGGAGGAGCACCAAGCACCACCAAGGAAGCACAAGCUGGUAGAGGAAGAGCACAAGGAGAGGAAAUGUGCACACCCAGUGGUGAUUGACCUGGACAAGGAGAUGGAGGUGGAGGAGAUCAAGACCAAGCCUCACAAGCAGCUGGUGGUGUGCCAGUACUCUGAAGGCAACACCAAAGAGCAAUGCAAGGAGGCUGCCAGACUACUUGCCCUGCCUGACCUGGAGCUUGCUACCAAGAAACAUGGCAAGGGUAAGGCUGAAGAGGAAAAGUUGCCAUCUACCAUCAAGCACAAGGCAGAGCUUGCUCUCCAGAAACAGUAUCUCCCCCAAUUCACUGAGCCGCUCACCAAGCUUCUUGGCCAACCAAUGCAAUUCCAUGAAUGGCUGGUGUUGAUCUACCUGCAUGACUUUACCAUCCACAGUGUGGACAUUCCUCUCAACAUUGAGGACACACUCUCCUCUACCCCCAUAGCAGAGGGCAACAUCUCCUCUCUCACCAACUGGCUCCUCACCUUCCACUCUAAAUUCCUGUAG